AGGCGCUGAGGUUAGGCGAGUCCAGCGCACACCAGGAGGGGGCGAUCAAGAGAUCUACACUCGCAAAGGUAUCAUUUCCCAAGGUCCGAAAGCUUCAUUAAACACAGCAGCCGUUCCUAUCUAUUAUACCCUGUCCGGCUGGAGUGGAAACUCCUGCGCUGGAAUCCUACAGGUUUCCAGCCUAGGAAAGAAUGGGCUAGUGUGCUACGAAUCGAUGGAUUCUGAGAAGGCGAGGAAGGUUUGUGCAGAUCUGAGGUGCGGAAAGUUGAAGAGUCUAGACCCCUCCCUGGACGAGAAAGAGACAGGCUUAAGAACCACGUGGAAUUUGACGAAGCCGAUCAACGCAACCCAUCUGAUUCUGCAGCCGGCUGUCUGCGCUCAGGGGAGGGUCGCCAAAAUCCACUGUCAGAAUUCAAGUUUCUCUUUGAGCGUCCGUGUGAAAGGCAAGGCUAGCCGCUGCUCUGGGAGUGUGGAGGUGAGCCUGAAUGGGGAGUACUGGUUUCCAGUGUGCCCUGGAAAGCAGUGGGACUGGGAGCGCACCUCGGAGGUGUGUCGGAGUGUGGGGUGCGGAGAGGUGAAGGAAUUCCGGGCAGGAGGGAUCAGGAGUACUGGUAUCAGCUGCCCGAGAGGCGUCCCUCUGUCCAACUGUAAAGGAAUCCUGACACAAGAGAAUAGCUGCAGCCCUGUAGAGAUCAGCUGUGAGGUUACUCCCAGCUUGCUGCCUGUGCGUCUGUCUGGCUCGGAUGCAGCUAGGUGUUCUGGGAUAGUGGAGGUCUCUCUUUCCGGCUCCUGGAGGGGGUUGUGUGGAGAGGGGAGCUGGUCUCUCAAGACAGCUUUCAUUAUCUGCCAGGAAUUAAACUGUAAGGAAGCCUUGGAUAUCCAGCCUGCCUGGAUCAGGAACAACAAACAGAUACAGGGAGUGUCCUGUCCGAAUAACAUGACUAUCCUGCAGUGCCAAGACCAUUUAGAGGAGAGGACAUGCAUGAGUCCAGACAGCUGGUAUAUUGCUGUAACGGCUGGGUCAAGUCCAGAACUGGCCUUUAGACUAACCGACGGCUGGAGCAAGUGUGCCGGAAACGUCAGCGUCCUCCACAGAGGGACGUUUCAGCCCGUCUGCACAGACAGCUGGAGUCAGGACUCUGCUAACACAGCGUGCCAGCAGCUAAACUGUGGGAGAGCGAAGAGCAUCACCCUCAAUGGGAGUGCUGAGGGGAAGGUUCGAUCCGGACUCUACUGCAGCCAGAACUGGACAGGGCUGCAACACUGCGGGCAUUUUCUGAAAACCAAGUCCUGCAGCCAGGCCCUGGUCAUUUGUACAGGUCAUAAAGAAGUCUUUGAGGUCAUUGAGAGCAAAACCGGUCAGACAGUAAAAGAUUUGAUCUGCUAUGUGCUGAGCGCUGCCAUCCUCAUUAUAAUAGCAAUCAAAUGCGGCCCCCAAAUCUACCAGAAAAUACUCAAAAAAGUCUUCAGAAAGAAUGAAAGGGAAUGGAUUGGACCAACACAGAGUCAGAGUGUGUCCUUCCAUCGAAACCGGAAUGCUCUUCAGCCCGGUCCGAGACCCUGCUCUGGUCCGAAGAGUGAAAACGAGUACACAGCCACGCCCACCAGCAAGAGACACUCCCCCGCCUACCCAGCGCUUGAGAGAAUGAUGGUCAAUAUCACGAGCGAGAAUUCCUCUGCUGGAAACAGCGAAUACGAUUUCUACUAGUCACAAAGGUCGUGACCCUGCUUUGCUUUCAACCAGUCAGCUGCCAGGAGGCAGAUUUUAAAAUAUGUUUUAAACUGAUAGAAACUCGACUGAUUGGAGGAGCGACGGAAGCCAGAAACGAUCAGAACGACUGAAGCAAAGAAACACACAGGAGAGGAGGAAAGAGAUGAAAACGACUUUUGAAGAUAGUUACGUGAUUCUUAUUAAUACUCCCCUGCGAUUGCUUGUAAAAAUAGAUCUGCUUGUGUAAAACCUGCUAU